GUGUUUUCGAGAGUAUAUUGUUGAAUUUGUAGAGUUGAUGAAUGGUUGUAAAGUAUUGAGGUUUAAAAUUUAACAUGUUUUAAUCUAAUAAUAAAAAAGGAGGUAUUUCAGGUAUAGAAUUACAUUUUAAGUAUUGAAAAAAACUGUGACGUAUGCAUUUUUCAUCACCAACAUUAACUUUUUCUGAAUUAAUUACUAUUUUUCCCACCCAUUACUUUUAGUUCACACUGAUUCACGAGGGAACCAAUCAAAUGAGUUGUUUUUAACAUUACUUGAAUUAACCAUCAGCACCAAUGUUCCUAACAUUCCCUUGCGCGCAAUCCUGCCACUAAACGUCUGCAUUCACCAUCAAUUUCGCUAUUCAAAUGCAACGCAUCGCUCAAUGUGACAAUUCACCAUCCAUCCAUCCAAUCCAUCCAAUCCGUUCACAUUCCUUCACACGCCGGGCAGAUUGUGUGCGUGUGUGUCUGUGAGUGUUUAUUAUGGCUGACCAUCAAUUACAGGAACAUUUGGGCCAAACGAGUAUCUGCGUAAUUCAUCAGAUCGUUUACUACAAUCAUUCAAUUUGCUUUCAUUCCGCUUAGCGUGAAGGCGAAGGUAUGCAAUUUUAUGUGUGUCAAUUGUUGUUGGUACCGCGAGUUAGGUGUAUUUUACGCGCAAUGAAUAAUUUUUAAAGGUAAUUUUAGCUGAAAAUACUCGUGUAUCAUCACAUUAGAACACUAUUAUUCUGUUUACAUACAUUAUACAUUAUAGUACAUUAUAAUUUAAAAAAAACAUUUAAAAAACAGCUUAAAAGGUGCUAGAUUCAACAUUAAAAAUUACAAGAAACUAAGAAAAUCCGGUAAACGUGCCUAAUGCAACAAAAAUUUCUAUUCUACCGGAAUGCAUGCAAAGUGAAUUAAUGCAGGCAACACUGUCGUUGUAGCGACGAUAAGAGCAAACGGCCAAGAUCAGUCAGUAUUGGUGCGUAAAAGAAUUAAAACUGUUUCCAUCGGAGGGUCGGAACAGCGUUCAACCCAUACAGCGAGAAGGUUGACCCCGGUCAAAAGAUCCAGCAUGGUCGUCGUUCAUCACCAUCACCAGCAUCAUCAUCGGCAAUAACGUGCCGCUGCAGGAGGGGGAUGUCGUCCACUUUCCGCCAGCAUGGCACAUCUGUCAAGCAUCCGUUUUGUCCGGGCAAUUUGGUACAUUGGGUAGAGUGGCCGCGGGCUGGGUUUGGUGUUUGGGAUCGGUACGCGCUAUAAAAGUCCAAUUGAGAUGAAAUCUACCAAACAGUAUUCGUGUAUCCGUCGUUCUAGACCAGUGGUCGGUGAGGUCUGGUAGGAUCUGGUGAUGUUUUCUGCUGAGGCUUUAAAUGAUUCAUACCGUUGUCGAAGUGUUUGCUUGGGCGGUGAAAACACGGCGUUACAGUAUUCAGUCCAGUGUUGCCAGUGUCGCAGUGACUACGAUCCUGGCCCAAGAGACACAGCCACGCUCGCUCUUGGCAUCGUUUGUGGUGCUGUGCUGCGUACGCGUGAUCAGCGAUAAAGUGCAGGGAACGAUCGAGUGCUCGGGUGGGCAUACGAACGCAGCGUUAUGGUGACUGGUACGCGAAGCGUUAUCAGCUCGGUGGUAGACGUGGUAGUUUGAAUGAUUGCUAGUACUGGCUCACACCAGCAUCCAGGGUAGGCUUACGCCGAUGGUUCAGAUCGGGUCAGAUCGCCGGCGAGUGAUGAAAUGCCGGAGAGAGGAAGUAGCAACAACUGAACUGUGUCCGGCUCAAGUUUGAGUCGAUUUGGAAUAUAUUUGAAGUGGUAAACGUUUUUGCGAAGAAAAAAGUGAAAAUACAGUGAGAACAAGCGAAAUUACAAGGCAUGUUUCAUGGCAUGUGUCGAUAGAGAGUGUGUGUGUGUGUGUACCAGAAGCUUUGAAGUUGGCAUAGCGAUCGUGUUGUCCUUCGUCGUGCGCUCAGCCAUAUCGAUAGCGUCAGCAUCAUCUUCGUCAUCAUCGUUCCCUUCCGUUCCAGCUGAAUGGUAAAGACAUGGUUAAUGGUUUGGUCGAUGAUGAUAAAACGAAGAUAAAUGAAAGCCGUUCCCAUUGGUUGUCCAGCGCGAUAGCAUAGAGUGAAAGUGCAAUCAUCAUUCAAGCACUUGAUGAGCGCUGUACACGAGAAGGGAACCACAAGAAGUAUCGGGCAGGCAUAGUUGGGUCGGCUGAUAAUAACGUCCAGAGACAGCAUACCAAUCCCUGGAGGGGCCCUACCGGCGGUAGCCGAAGUUCGAAGCCAAAGGCCAGAAAAGUGAUUGCAAGCAGCGGCAUCUCCAGCCAGCGACCGAUGUGGAUGUGAAAAUGCCCGAAACUGAUAAGAAUUCUUUACUAAGUACUAGUGCCGCAGGAGAGAUUCUAACCCCUGCUGCCCAAGUGCUUAUCGAAGAGUUCCGCUCUCUCAACUGAAGCGCAAAUUGUAUUCCUGUCGAGCAUACCCCUGCGUGCUUGUCAUCCCGUGCGUUCGUAUUGAGGUAAAACGGUGCAAAAAAAAACCUAGUCCAAAUAAUCAGAACACUGUGAAUUUGUUUCUGCCAAACUUACCAAACGUUCCGAAUUCGUUCUCAAUGGAUCGAUCGAUUGAAGCCCGUUAGGGGUAGGGGAAUUUUGGAAUGCCUUUUUUUCUAGCCAGUUUACAAUGCAAUGGUAAGUUAGCCGAGCCGUUGAAAGUUCCUAGAGGACGCCCGAGGGAAAAUGAGGUACAUACAAAAAGACAAGUUGCCCUUACAUUGUCAGAAAAGAAUUCCUGAAAAUCAAUCCAUCCGCUGGGCAUUCAAAGCAGCAAAUUGAAUGAAGCAGCGAAGUGAAGCGGCCAACGGGAUUCACAAAUUCGUACUUAAUCUCUUCCAGCAGCCAGUUUUUCUGUCGGCACGAAACGCAAACGGGCAAUAUAGCGAUCCGCUUACGCGAAGGCACGCGGGCACUGAGAGUGAACUGAUAAGCUCGUCCGACUUACGGGCAAGCCGCGUGCACCAAUGGCUCGAUGGGACGGCGUCCCAAAGAACGGAGAUGAUAAGCGAUUUUUUGAUUUUUAGCUUAAAGGUUGGUGCUUCGCUUCCACAUUGGUGAUAACGAGUGUUGAAGGUUUUUCCGUUGCCGUAUCGAACUGUGAUUUUGGUUUUUGCCGUGGAUUAUCAGUCUCGGGUUCUUGCCGUGGCUGGCUCGUGUGUGAGGUUCGUUUCAGGUUCGGAGGGUUUUAUUUGCUGUUGGUAAGCUAGAUGAGGUUAUUGAAAUUUCUGACAGUACGAACUAGAGGAAAUUAAUUAAACAUUUUUUCUGUAUUUAGGCUCGACCUUUUCACUGUGGAUGGAGGAUAUUCUUGUCUAUUAAAUUGUUUAGUAUCCGAAUAUCAUAAUCGCCACACUGCAUCGUUAUAGAUUAUGGUGCUUCAACAUGCGACGACAUUUAAUCAUUGAAUAUUGCAUUAGCUUACCAUUGAAAGACGUAAUGAAAAGCAUCAUGUUCAACGCAGUUCGCAGAAAUACAGCGACCCUAGUAAUGCUAGUAACAGCAUUGCAUACAACAGCAAUAAAAUGGAAUGGAAAUGGAGUUGAAGGUUAACGUUAAAUCUGAAAAAUAAUAUUCUUAACAGAAAUCUCGAGUGAUUGAAAGUAACGUUUAAAAAAGUCUGUUUUGCAUUUGUUACUUGAAAACGUUUGAACAUAUAAGAGCUAAUCAACUUCACAAUAGACUUCUGUGACUAAGCAACAGAAAUGGUUGUGACAAAACAGGCUGAUCAUACUCGUGCCAUCAGGCACCGUUGGCAAGCUGGCGAAGAGUGAUUUGAAAAUCGUGUGAAUGUCUACCAAAGUGUGCUGGCUGAUGAGAAAGUUUGGUUCGAUUCAGUGAGUUUAAGCAAAGUUCAGUGCAUUCGACGUGGAGGAUGGAAGAGAGUGUGUUUUUUUCAUCGAAAACUUUCACUACGACAAAAAGUAUCACACAGUACCAUGCUACUUCCGGGCUGUUCAAACCUUGCCGUAUUGGUGAAUUGAAGUGUGCAGGGCACUUUUUGCGCGCGGCUAUUUUGGGUUAUUUUUUUUAUAGGUUUGCCUUUCUUUUGAAGUGAUGUGUAAUGUUACGGGUACUUCUUGGUGUUGCAAGAAAGCAGCGGAAGGUUGAGCCGGUGAUACCGCCUCGGUUCAAAGUUAUAAAUUAGCUUCCAUCCGGGCAAGUUGAUCGAUGAAUUUGUGGCACAGCAGUGGAGCUUUGGCUAGAGAGUAAGCACCCGGUUACAGCAGCUGCAGCAUCGAAAUUACGUUUCAUGUGCGACGUGGUGUCUGCAAAAGAGCGCAGAGCGAGUGCAAAAGAGAGUCUGGCAAGAUUGUCGACAAACGGGGAGAAAACAUUUCCUAAAAGCAUUUUGAGGUACAACUUUUAUGCGGCAGGUAACGAAUGCUGGAGUUCAAACAGCUGCGACGUAACGGCACCAUCUGCUUUAGAUAAGCAGCCUCAGCAACACAAGUUGCAGCAGUCACAAAAAAGAAUUCACCCCGCACACUCACACGGCAUGGUUUGCACAGUUCCGAGUGCAGGACAAAGUUGAGGCAAAAGGAAACGAAAAUAAACUUAUACGGUUGUCAUUAUGGGGUCCUCAGCGUUGCUUCAGUUAGGUGGACUGUUGCUAUUGUUCAUCGUCCAGUACACUGCAAGUGUAAAAGAUGUUCCUGUCGUGGCGAUGGAGGCGCUGGUUGGCGAAACAAUCUAUCUCCCGUGCAACGUCAGCACACACGAGCCGGGUGACAAUGUCGUACUGGUGCUCUGGUAUCGGGAAGAUAAAGGAUCGCCCAUAUACAGUGCUGAUACACGUGGGCGGGAAGUGGGAUCAGCGAAGCGCUGGUCGGACGACUCCAUGUUUGGUGAUCGAGCCUACUUCCAGUUCGAAAAGGAACCGGGUGAACUGGCGGUGCAAAAUGUACGCGAAACCGACAGCGGCAUGUAUCGAUGUCGUGUGGAUUUCAUCGUAGCACAGACUAGAAACAGUGUUGUAAAUCUCACAAUUAUAGUCCCCCCGGAGCGGAUGGUGAUACGUGAUCAGCUCGGCAUGGAGCGCACGACGGUGGCUGGACCGUACAGCGAAGGGGACAACAUCAAGCUGCGCUGUGACGUGUACGGUGGGCGACCAACACCAACCGUGACCUGGUACCGGGACGGCGUGGCAAUGGUGGCCGACACCAAGUACAUGCCACUCGGGAAGCACCUUCGCAGCGAGAUUGCGCUCGGGCCACUCACCCGCCAGGACCUGCACACCAAGCUCGUCUGCCGGGCGAGUAACCAUGCCCGGGCGAAUCCGGUGGAGCAGUCCGUCCAGAUCGAUAUGAAUUUUGCUCCACUAAACAUAAGACUGAUCGGCGCCCAUCAGCCCUUGUCGGCCGGCCGAAGAUAUGACCUUCUGUGCCAAAGUGCUGGUUCACGGCCAGCAGCUUCCAUCACCUGGUUUUUGGACGGUGUGCGGCUGGACAAAAGCAAAGAAACCACGUCGGCCGACGGCAACCAAACCACAAGCACACUGUCCAUCGUGCUGAACCGAACCGAUGCGGGCAAAUAUUUGUCGUGCAAGGCGUACAACACGUACGUGCAGUCGGACGCCCUCGAGGAUGGCUGGCAGCUGGACAUUCAGUACGUUCCGGACGCGUCCGUCAGACUCGGCAGCUCCCUGGAUCCGGACGCAAUCCGGGAGGGUACCGACGUUUACUUCGACUGCAUCGUCAAGGCUCACCCGGCCGUCUACAAGGUCGAAUGGAAGCACAAUAACAAAACGCUAACACGCAACAUAUCGCAGGGUGUCAUCGUUAGCAAGCACUCGCUCGUUCUGCAGGGCGUCUCUCGAACCACGGCCGGCAACUACACCUGCGUCGGCUUCAACGCCGAGGGCGAAGGCAGCAGUCCCACGUUCGAGCUCAAUGUGAUGUAUGCACCGACCUGUGCACCCAACCAGCCGCGGGUGUACGGUGUAGCCAAACAGGAGAAUGCCGAGAUACGCUGCGUCGUCGACGCUAAUCCACCGGAUGUGGAGUUCAAGUGGACGUUUAAUAAUUCAGCCGAAAGCAUCGACGUACAGGCGAGCCACAUUUCAAGACUAGGCACAUCAUCGAUCGUAUCGUACACGCCAAUGAUCGAGCUGGACUACGGUACGCUGCUCUGCUCGGCGACCAACAAGAUCGGCAAGCAACGACAGCCGUGCGUUUUCCACAUCAUUGCUGCAGGUCGCCCAGAUCAAGUGCACAACUGCACUGUAGCGAACGUGUCCAUGACGUCGCUCGCCGUGCGCUGCUACGAAGGGUUCAACGGUGGGUUAGCUCAAUCUUUCUUUCUCGAGCUACGCGACAGCCAUUCGCAGGAGAUGCGCUUCAACAAUACAUCACCCGUACCUCGGUUUACCGUACCGAACCUGCAUCCAAGCGCCGUCUACCAGCUGGCCGUGUACGCCUUCAACUCCAAGGGUCGAUCGGAACCGUACGUAAUGAGUGCCGCCACCCAGCGACUGCCCGAGAAGCAAAUGAAGGACUCUGAAAAGGUGGAGCGGCCACGAUCUCCACUCCCCCUUACGCCAACCCUGUCCAUUGCGAUCGGGCUGGCUGCGGCUGUGCUUAUUGGCAGCUGUGCCAUUGUGUUGGCGCUCAAGUUUCCGUGCGGCGCGAGUGGCCGGCGGAACAAGGAAACGGCUCAGGGAACCACCGUACGGACGUCGUCACCCGGACCGAGCGACAAGAGUGUCGCCAGCAAGGAGUACGAUGGCAACGAGAGCGACGAGAAGAACCCGGACGUUAUUCCGGACACUAUCGAUUCGGACGAUCAGAUGGAGUACAUUAAGCGAAGGCAACACAUAUCGACCAUUGACACAAACAGCCCGAGCAGGUUGCUGCUGACGACAACUGCCCCGAACCAAACCUUCAUCGGUUCGUCGAUGGCGGCCGCUCUGCAUGCAAACCACUCCUCCACCCUUGGGUACUGCACGCUCCGCAACGGCACCCCGCAGGCAUCGAACUCCAUCACGAACGUGUCGAUGUGCCACAUGCCCUCGACCUUCACGACGGCCUCACACACCACCUGCACCCUACCCCGGCAUCCGGUGACGGCUGGCACUGGUGCAGUAGGCCCGGGCCCGCUCACCCCGAACGCACACCACUGGCCGUCGUACGGUGGAACGAUUGCUGGCGUCCGCAACAUUACCGCCAUCUCCGUGACCAGCAACCAGGGAUCGCCGGCACCUCCCCCACCAUCGGCCAUCGCGAUGCAGCACCUCGGCCCGACGGCCCGGACGCGAGUGUGCAUCGGUCUGCCCGAGGACGAAGUGUCCGCCGAUACGCCCCUCAUGAUGAAACGCGAAAGCACCGUAUGACUAUAGGAGUCUCACAGGGUCGGUGAUACGGCCCUGUGAGAGUGCGCCGCGGUGUCUCCGUUCCUCACGCGAAGGGGUAGUAAGUUCGGGAAGGUGUAGCUUCCAGCAUUUCGACCGUGAUGGCACCGGCAGAGUCAAUCUAACUGUGCGGUCCAGCGGCUUUGCUUCCAAUGGAAGCCAUCACUACCGCACUGGACUGGACGGGUGCUGAAGAAGAGAGCGGGAGAAAGACCAAACGUCAGCUGCCACCAGAAUUCCAGCUGCUAUGGCACACCGACACAGCUGUUGAGCUUUUGUUCGUUUGGCGUUCAUUAAAACCGUUGUAUCAUUUUGUGAUAUGAAUACGCUGUGAAUAGUAGUCGUGUCCUUGCUGUGAGCAGAUCAUCGAGGGGGUAAGUAUAGUGGCGUUGAGAUUGUUGGUCCCGGGCGGUGCAGCAGACCAAAAGUCACACAAAAAAGUAACAAUCCAGCACAGGUAAGGGAAGUAUAGUCACAGUUCCAUCUGCACCUGCAAUAGGGAGUGAGAAAGAGAGACACAAAUGGCCAAAGGGAUACAGAAAAAAAACAUUAGUGAGCUUUUUUCCAAUGCAACUGAGUGCAAUCGACCUACGAUUUGGUUCUGUAAAUAGAUGUAAAUAGUCAAACUUAAGCUCAAGUCACUAUAGGAAGAGAAAUAUGUCACAUUACGCAUCUCCUCACCUGCAGCAGAUUCAUCUCAAUAGUCAAAAAUUAUUAAAUCGUUUUUGAGCAAAUAACACGAUGCAACUAGAGGUGAUCUGUACCAACGUAAGCGAAAGAUGAUCAUAAAAGCAAGCAACUUUGAACUAACUUUAGACACAUACAUCACAAAACGAAAUUAAACAGUACACAAAAGGAAACCCCCUGUAUGCUAUUAAGCAAAUUAGACCCAACUCAACAUACUAGCUAGCGAAUAAUAAAGCCCCAAACUCAGUCAAAUCUAACUCGAGCUCCCCGUUCCCGAGAGCUGCCAGGCAAGGGAAUCGAUUGUCAACGUGAAGGAACACUACCUAGUAGGAUGGGACACAGGCAUGAAGCUACGAUGUGAGCGCAUUGCACCAAACCACACACCUCCGAUUGUGCCACCCAUGCGAGUGGUUAUCUAUUUUUUUUCUCCAGCGAUCUUACCAUGUUCGAUAAAUUGGAUAAGCACGUCUCUAGGUGGCUCGUCCUAUGGGGGAAAUGCUUGCCCGAAUCGGUACACGUUGCUGCUGGCGGUGUGCUGCUUACCGACGAGCACCUUGCUUAUCACAGUGGCUGUACUUUGGCUAUAUCUUGAUAACAACGGGAAAUGGGAGGAACGAAAGACGCUUCGGUAGUCUUUCCGUUGCAUAACGACGACGACACACUAGUACACAGUGCAUACCGGUGCGCCAGAACGACGGAGUGAUUGAUGACGUUAAAAAUGGCAUUUUUUGCUGCUGUUGUUGUUGUUGUUGCUAUAUAUCUCCCUUGUACUAUUGGAAAAGACUUCGAUGUAAGGCCAAUGUCGGAAGCCACUAUCUUGCGGGUGUAAUAUGAAGCUCGUUUUAGCUCGAACUUCCCUGCCCGUUACAGCUGUCAACACAAUCGAUGAUGGAUGUUUUCUUCUUUUUUUUUGCUUCUUCCACCGAUUUACCGAGCUGGGUUGUGCUGGAUGGGGAAAUUGGAUUUUCACCUACGGAAUACAGUGUAUUGAUGGUAUAAUUUUUUGUAAUUUAUUCGCUUUCAACAGUUGUAGCUUUUAUGCAACGGUAUUUUUUAUUAUUUGCUUUUUAAAGUAUUAGAUUAUAAGGAAAACAUGAAAUGUCAAAAUAUUUGCUCUUGUGGUUUCCAUAACAGUACGAAACGUCAUUUUCCUACGUUGUUCUAUAACACUAAUUUUUCCUCAUUCGAGUAAACUUCUCGGCCACUCAAGGACACUCCAAAUGUAGUAUAAUUAUUUUUUAAAUUGAAAUUGCUAAAUAUUGCUGCAAACCAGUGAUCGCCAUGUACAGCAAUAGCACGUCACAGAAAUAUAUACCACGAUCAAAUGCAGGCACACAUCUCAUAAUCAGCUCAUCUGCCUUCGGCGUUCGCAGUAGGUCCUGGGAAGGAAGCGUACGAGUUUGAUUUGGUUUAAAAUUGAAUGUCACAGGACUGUAAAUAUGUAAAAUUACCUGCAAACACAACCAACCAAACCAGAUAGAGCAAAAAAAAAAAUCACAAGUUAGUCGAAUGAUCAAAAUCAAAGGAAAAAUCGCCUCCGCACAUUGCGAGCACAGUGAGGGAAAACAAACAAAUCAAAAGUUAGAUUCUUUAUCUAGAUAUUAAUAUCAAUACGCGAGGUCUAAAGGGCUGGGCAUAAAAUGACAGGACACUGGAUCUGUGGACUCACUUCACACGGUGGAAAUGGGGAGUGUAUGGAGAACUGAGCAAAAUGUCCUACUAUAAGUAUUAUCGAUCGAUUAGUUACAAAAUGGAAACAAAACACUGCAGCAUGUUAAGGUUGAUAAGCGGUGUUGAAAUCCGGUCGAGUCGUUUUGAGAAUGUUUGAAAAUAUGAAAACGAAUCUUGAGCUCAGCACUCGCAGCUGUACGGUGCGAAGGUGCAAGGGAAAUUAUGAUUAUGAAUUGCAGUUGUAAAUAAAAUAGAUAAAUUUAUAAAACAUGAA